UGGAUCUGGAAAUACCAAAAGAAAAAAAUGCUGAAAUACAAGCAAACUGUCUAUCUAAAUGUCUCCGAUGGUCCCCGUACUACCUGCCCAUGGGCAUGGUCGCCUGGCCGCCUUCCGCCGCCGAUUGGCCAAUCAGCGUUGCUCGCUAGAAAGAGCUACCUUGGGGAACAGACGAGGCCGCGUUGAAGUUUCUCGAGGCUGAGAUUCGCCAAGGGAGUUAUUCGCAUCUGAACCGUCAUAUAACCCCCCUUUGCCUUCCCCUCAUGGCGCGUACCUUCUGAACGAUUUAAUAUUUAAUAUCUCAGAUGGUUGAAUAUAUUCGUCAAUUUGGACGCUAUGUUUUCUUCCGCUCUCAAGUCAUUCUCCUCCAACAUCAACUCUAACUAUGUGAUCGGUUCGCAACCCUCAGCUGUCUCGGGCCCUUGGAAGAUAUUCGAUGGCAAGAAUAAGAAGACUUCGAAAGAGGUCUCUGUCUUCGUCUUUGAUCGCAAGGUGUUAGAAUCGAAUUCAGGUAGCUUGGGAAGAUCCGACAGAGCCAGCGCAUCGAGUCUCAAACGGUCCGUGGAAGAGGUGGUCGAACGGCUGAAGAAGGAGGCGUCAUCGCUUGCGCGGCUACGACACCCCAAUAUACUCGAACUCGCUGAGCCGGUAGAAGACACACGAUAUGGGGGCCUGCAGUUUGCGACCGAGCCGGUAACAAUUUCGUUGGCUGGGUUGUUACAGGAGAAAGAUGAGGAGGAGAGAGCUACGGGCGUAGGCGGGCGCUCAAGCAGAUUCGUGAAAGAGGAUAGCGAAGGGAAUAGGAGAAGACGAGACUUGGAAAUAGACGAAUUGGAAAUACAAAAGGGGUUGCUACAGAUCAGCAAGGCUCUUGAGUUUCUGCACGAGAACGCCGGGCUGGUCCACGGCAACUUGACUCCAGACGCUAUAUACAUAAAUGCAAAGUCUGAUUGGAAAAUCAGCGGACUCUCCUUUCUUAGCCCUGCGGACAACUCUGACAAGCCAUCCUCUGUCACCCCUAUUUCUCUCUCAGAAGUUCUCAAUUUAGACCCACGGCUGCCACGAUCCGUUCAAUUAAAUCUCGACUAUGCCUCCCCGGAUUUUGUUCUCGAUACGAACCUUAAUGUUUCCGCCGAUAUGUUUAGCUUGGGACUUCUUAUUGUUGCUCUCUACAACUCACCCCACGAAUCUCCUCUUCAUGCCAAUUCGAGCGUCACAACCUAUAGACGGCUCUUUGCCUCAUCGGGCUCGAUACCCUCCAGCAGCAACAAUUAUAUUUCAUCUCGGCCAAUUCCUAGAGAUCUUACGACCACUGUCCUCCCACGCUUAAUUGCCCGUCGCCCUGCUCAACGCAUGACUGCCCGCGAGUUCCAACAAUCGUCCUACUUUGACAACAUUCUCGUCUCCACAAUCCGUUUCCUGGAUGCGUUACCGGCGAAGACGCCCACCGAGAAGGCUGCGUUCAUGCGCGGUCUUACGAAGGUGAUCCCGAGCUUCCCCAAAAGCGUGUUGGAGAAGAAGGUCUUGCUAGUUCUACUGGAGGAGAUGAAGGACAAGCAACUUCUGAGUCUGGUAUUGCAGAAUGCGUUCAAAAUUAUUGAACUCCUGCCGAGUGCUAAACGGUCUUUUACUGAGAAAAUGCUGCCACGCCUGAGAGAGAUUUUCUUGAGUGGUGCUAAGCCUGCCGCUCCUGGAACCGCAGGAGCCCCUGAACGUGAUACUGGGAAAGAGGCGGGGCUGACGGUAUUGCUGCAAAAUAUCAAUAUCAUCACCUCUAAUUGCUCGGGAAAGAACUUCAAAGACGAAAUACUCCCGAUAAUACAUCUAGCCAUAGAGUCACCUACCCACUCUAUCGUAGAUGCGGCCCUGCGAAGUCUCCCAGUAAUCCUCCCUGUGCUUGAUUUCAGCACAAUAAAGAACGAGCUGUUUCCAGUCGUCGCGGCGGUAUUCAGCAAAACUUCGAGUCUAGGUAUCAAGGUCAGGGGUCUUGAAGCUUUCGUUGUUUUAUGUGGCGGCACAGCAGACUCUAUUACCUCCGCUGCCGAUGAUGGCCUGUCUGGAUUCGCACCGCAAAAUGGCAAGAAGAAAGAGAAAUCUCCCAUCAGUGCAUUGGACAAGUACACUAUGCAAGAAAAGAUCAUUCCUCUCAUCCGUGCGAUCAAGACAAAAGAACCGGCAGUUAUGCUCGCAGCCCUCAAAGUUCUACAGCAGGUUAGUUCCGAGGCAGAUACGGAAUUUAUCGCUAUGGAUAUCCUGCCUAUUUUGUGGAACAUGAGUCUUGGCCCACUACUUGAUCUCAGGCAAUUCCAAGCCUUCAUGGACUUGAUUAAGAGUCUAAGCACCAAGGUAGAACAGGAGCAUACGAAGAAGCUCCAGGAACUCUCGGGCAGCAGUUCCGGUAUCAAAAAUGCUGGGGGUAACGAUGAUUUCAUGUCCUUCGGCGACCUCCCAGCAGCAUUCUCAUCAAAUGCAAAUGGCGGCGAAGACGACGACUUCGAGCGUCUCGUGACCGGAAAAUACACUACUAGCACAGCCGCGAGCAAUGCAGUAGCGGAUGGUGGCUGGGACGCAGCUCCCAACGCCCCCGCAAAGCCUGCUCCCCCAGCCGCUCCCACGUUCUCAUGGUCGACCACUCCCUCCCCAUCUCCGGGCCCAUCAUCCCCGGGUAUUGGCUCCAUGUCUGCGGCCAUGAGGCCACAAGCUCCAUUUCGAACCAUCACUCCCGAUCUCUCGCGCUUCGACUCUCUCCAGCCAUCAACAACACAGUUCUCACAGCCUCUCCAGCCCGUCUCCUCAGCCUUCAUCCAACCGCCACCAACCCAAGCGUCGGUCAACUGGCAAACCGCCGCGGCCCCCAGCAGCAGCAAUAUAUGGGCCUCCUCGAGCCCAACUUCAACACACUCAUCAUUUGCACCUAUGGUCCCCGCGCAACAGCAACGGCAGACGUCGUUUUCGGGAGCACAACCUAACAUGAGCACUUCGAUGGGUAACCUUUCUAUGUCUCAGCAGCAAAAGCCAGCAACCCCCUUUUCCCUUCCUCCACCGCCUACCUGGUCACAACAACCUCAGCAACCAACGCAACAGCAGGACUGGGGCGCGUUUAGCUCUGCCCCACCUCAAGGACAGGGCCAGGGUGGGCAGCAGCCUGCGCAGAAGAAGGGGUUGGAUGCUUUUGAGAGCUUGUUAUAAAAUGGGAUAUUAUGAUAGGUAUUUGGGUAGAUAUAGAGGGAUUAGAUACAUAUAUGUAGUUAGCGUGGUGCAUAUUCCUUGAGCGGCAAAGAAGCGUUGAAGUUUGGCAGGGUGCUUCGGUUGUCGAAUUCGAGGACAGUUUAUGACAGAUGCGGAAAGUGUGAUCUUGUUUGGCGGAGAUUGAACAUGGUUUUUUGUUGUGCUUACUCGCUGUUGAUUCUUUAGGAGGG